AAGAGAGAGAGAGAGAGAAAAGGAGAGAGAGAGAGAGAGAGAGAGAGUGAAAAAAAGAGAGAGAGUGAAAGUGAGUGAGAAAGAGAGAGUAAACGAGAGAGCGAGAGAGAGAGAGUAAAAGAGAGAGAGAGUCAGAGAGUGAGAGAGAGUGAUUGAGAAAGAGAGAGUAAAAGAGAGAGAGAGAGUGAGAGAGAGAGAGAGAGAGAGAGAGAGUGAGAAAGAGAGAGUAAAAGAGAGAGAGAGAGAGAGAGUCAGAGAGUGAGAGAGAGUGUGAGAGAGUGAAAGAGCGCGCGCACUGUGUGUUUUUGCCUGGUUUCUUAAGGACGCUUUCAGAGACUUGAGACUUCACUAAGAAUAAUUAUGGAGUGAAAGCGGCUGCUAUAUUACCAUCUAUUACAUUAGGGUAAAGUUUUCCGAGGUUAGAGAGUGGGAGCUCUGCGGCUGAGAGAAGAAAAACAGAGGCUCAUGAGGUUAAAACAAAGACCGAGAAGCUGUGAAGUCCCUCACCAUGAGCGAGUCCGACGAGGCUUCGGCUGGCGAAUGGAAGGAGAAGUAUAUGGCUCUGGAAGCUCUGCUCUUGAAGUUCCGUGGACAGAUGAGUGUGAUUCGAGACCUCACCACAGAAAAGAUGCAACAGUUAGAAACACAGGUUUUGGAGGCAGAGCGAAAUGCCUAUGAAGCAAAUCAACAGGUGCAGUGGAUGGAGGUGCGUCUGAAGGCUACCAAUGUGGAGUCUGGUGACUCUGAGCUCAAGCUCUUCAGACGCUGUCAAGACCUUCAUGCUGCUCUGCAGGAGAAAGAAGAGCUCAUAACCUCACUGGAGCAACAGCUAGAGGAGCAGAAACAGGGCCGAAUUCAAGAUGCCAAGAUUGUAGAGGAGAAAGCUGCAAAGAUCAAGGAGUGGGUGAUGCGGAAGUUAAAUGAGUUUGAAGUAGAAAACACCUCCUUGAAGGAAACAAACCAACAGCAGGAGUCUCAGAUAUUGGAACUGAAAAGACAAAUUCAAGUCUUGGAGCAGGCUGUAGGACACAGAGGGUCAGAUCACACUAAACCCGGACAGGCCCAACGCCUCAGCAGCCUGACCUUCGGUUGCUUUCAUGUCCAAGGGAAGAGUCCACAGGUGCGGACCGGCCCCAUGCCAGUUCAGAGGAGCACAUCUGACUGUGGGAAUAAACAAGAUACGGAGACUGAGGCUGUGUGUCCCAGCUCUGGCAUGGAGCCUGAGCAGAAGAAGGAGUGUGACACUGCAGAGGACAUCCUGGCUCACAGCACUGAGGACAAAUCAGAACCAAGGGAACCUAACAUUACCUGUUUAGAAGACACUGACAUACAGCAGCCCAUCUCUAAAAUAUUUUCAUCUCACCUAGCCGGAUCAGAUAAUUCAGCCGAGCACAAAGCCAACGAGGACAUGGUGGACAUUGAGGACGGCUCCUCGGACGAGCUGAACAAGCGCUUUCGCAUGCAGCGUCUAAAUUCUUCGUCCUCCUCCAGUGAGGCCAAUACACCCAGCCCAGUUCUGACCCCAAAACGUCCCACACCAUCCCAGGACACACAUGAUACACCUGCCUCACCCAAGCAGCCUCGUCUGCGCAGCCCCAAUGCCUUUAACGUUGCUCUAGCCAAGAAGCACCUAAGCCAGCCGUCAGUGGUUAGCGAAACAGUCUACGGGAGAACCCGUAAUGCCAUUAGCAUGCUACGCCCGUUGAAGCCACAGGAGCAGGAGAUGGAGACCAGUGAAAGUACAAUACCCAUUGAAGAGCCUUCUAAAACCCUAGCAGAAGACCCAAAGUCCCCUGAUGCAGCUGCACCAUUACCAGGGAACAAACCUCCCACUCCUCCACUGCACAGGUUCCCCUCCUGGGAAAGCAGAAUAUACGCUGUGGCUAAAUCUGGAAUUCGGCUUUCAGAAACAUCACGUACAGAUGUAGCAAAUAAAGACUCCUCCCACCCAUCCUCAUACCCUGCCUUCAUUCUGUACACAUCUCUCGUCUACAGAAAUAUGAACACACCGGUCUACACCACAGUCAAAGGGAGGGUGGCGCUGCUGAGUAACACUCAGUUUUCAGAGGACUCUUCCACCUCAGAGGAAGAGGAAGGUUCAGAGGAGUGUCAUUCAAACUCUGGGGAGGAAGAGAUCAGUUUGCGUCCCUCCAGCUCCAACUGUGCCAAAAGCCAGGAAAGCUCCCUCAGGAGAGCUGUGUCUCUUUCCUCCAUGGCUUCUGAAAGUGACUAUGCCAUUCCUCCUGAUGCCUAUUCUACAGACACCGAGUAUUCUGAGCCCGAGAACAAACUUCAAAAGACCUGCUCUUCCAGUAGCGACAGUGGCAAGAGUGAGCCGAUGGAAAAGUCUGGGUACCUGCUUAAGAUGGUCAAGACAUGGAAGAAAACCUGGAAACGCCACUGGUUUGUCUUGAAAGAUGGAGAACUGAUGUACUACAAGUCACCGAGUGAUGUCAUCCGUAAACCUCAAGGCCAGAUUGAGCUAACCGCUUCCAGCACUAUUUCUCGUGGUGAUGGCAAACAAAUACUUCAGGUGGUGACAGGAAAACAUGUGUAUAAUUUAAAAGCAGACUCCCCUAACCUACUAGAGGAGUGGCUGAUGGUCCUGCAGUGUGUACAGAAAAUCAAAGCAGCCAGUCCCCUGUUUACCCAACCCAGUGUCCGGCCAGCCAUGAAGGGACAUCUAACUAAGAUGAAGCAUGACUAUUCUAAGCGUGUCUGGUGUGCACUUAUUGGAAAGACACUGUACUACUUUAGAUGCCAGGAGGACAAGUUUCCCCUUGGUCAGAUCAGGCUAGCAGGAGCACAUGUGGAAGAACUGAACUCAGAUGAAGACAGUAAGAGUGGACAGUUCUCUCAGUCCACCAUCUCCAUUCAGACCUUGAACCAGAGCCCAACGUAUCUGCACAUAGAUUCCCCACAUGAGAAGGCAGCAUGGCUGUACCACCUGUCGGUGGCAGCGGGCACCAACGUGGGGCAGGUCGGAACUGAGUUCGAGCAGCUGGUUGGCAGAUUGCACAGUGUGGACGGGGAAUCAGGCUCUCAAGUGUGGAGGCAUCCCAUGUUGUGCUUCAGCAAGGAAGCCCUGUCCACCUCACUCACAACUCUGCCCUCGCAGGCCUUACAGACGGAAGCCAUCAAACUUUUUAAGACAUGCCAGCUCUUUAUUAAUGUGGUCAUCGACACUCCAGCCAUAGACUACCACGUGACACUGGCACAGUGUGCGCUGCAGAUGUGUCUCACACACUCUGAGCUGCAGAAUGAGAUCUACUGCCAGCUCAUCAAACAGACACGCAGGAGGCAGCCUCAUGGCCAGCCAGGCCCCCUGCAGGGUUGGCAGUUUCUGGCAUUGUGUGUAGGACUCUUCCUUCCACAACAGCCCAUUCUUUGGCUUCUCCAAGUCCAUCUCAAAAAGCAUGCUGACCCCAGGACAGAGUUGGGAAAGUAUGCCAUCUACUGCCAGCGUUCCAUGGAGAGAACCCAGCAGAAGGGUGAGCGCCAGGCCAGGCCUUCACGAACGGAGAUACUGUCCAUCUUACUGAGGAACCCCUACCACCAUUCGCUGCCAUUCAGUGUGCCUGUGCACUUUUUCAACAACACUUAUCAGGUUGUUGGAUUCGAUGCGUCCACCACGGUGGAGGAGUUUCAGAACCGUUUAAACCAGGACAUGGGAAUGAGGAAGACAGGCCAGUCCGGUUUUAGUCUCUACUCAGAUGACCCCACUGGACAAAACCUUGAACACUAUCUAGAGGGCAGUCUGAUGAUUUGUGACAUUAUCGCUAAAUGGGAGCAGGCCUGUAAAGAGUUACACACAGGCAAAUCCGAGACCAGCAGGACUGUGAAACUCACCUACAAAAACAGGUUGUACUUUUCUCAGCAGCAGAGAGGAGAGACUGAGAGAGAGCGCCUGCUCUUGGCCUAUCAGACUAACGAGGAGAUUGCAGCAGGUCAUUUCCCUGUAAACAAAGAGCUUGCCCUAGAGAUGUCAGCUCUGCUGGCUCAGGUGGAAUUUGGAGACUUUGAGCGUCCUUUCCCAAUUGCAUCUGGACAGGCCAAAUCUACACAAACUCUAAAGCAGGUUCUGGACCGGUUCUACCCCAAGCACUACAGGCGAACCUGCUCAGAAGAGCAGCUAAGGCAGUUAAGUGAGAGGAUCUCUGCCCGCUGGGCGUCACUGAAGGGACGCUGCAACUCCGAGUGUGUGCGGAUAUAUCUGACUGUGGCUCGCAAGUGGCCCUUUUUUGGGGCCAAGCUGUUUGAAGCUGAGCCCCUCUCACCCUCUUCACUGCUAAGCACACGUGUGUGGGUAGCUGUUCAUGAGGAUGGACUGAGUGUGUUGGACUUUACCUCCAUGAAACUUCUAGUGUCCUUCUCCCAUAAGAACAUCGUAACAUUUGGAGGUUGUCGUCAGGACUUCAUGCUGGUGGUGACUCAGAGCUCCGGAAGCAACGCAGCCAGGGAAAAGCCUACUGAGAAGUAUUUGUUCACCAUGAGCACUUUUAAGAUCCGAGAGCUGACGCUUCUUAUGGCCAGCUACAUUAACAGCUCUCAUCAACAAAAGUCAGCAGCACACCAUCUCUCUGCCCCAGCACUGCUGCUGGCCCAGUGUCAGUCUGGAGAGCACCACAGGUCUAAAUCCCCUCCUGCGGGCAGUGGCAGACCCAGCAAAGCCCCCACACUGCUCUGAUGUGCCUUAUACCGGUACAGUCUUGGCACUCGGAAUGGGCUUGUAUUCAAAAUGAAUUGCAACUGCUCUAGGGAACAGGAACUUGGACUAGAUUUGCAUUUUGCUGUGUCCUUCCUUUUUUAUGUGAAUCCGUUAAAGUAUGAAGAACAAUACAUGCUCUUUUUCUUUUUAUGCUUCAUGUAAAAAGGAUGUGAAAAUUUAAGGUCAUUCUCAUGCCACAUAUGUCCUAAAAUAAUUAGGGCCAACAAACCUGCAGAUGUACUAACAGGACUAUAUAUCAUAUCAUUUCAAAGAAAACUAUUUAAAUGUUGGCCAGAAUUUUUUAAUCAGUCAAUGGAUUCAAUGAUUAAGAUCAGAUUAUUUCAGAAAUAUAGAAGUAGAAUCUUUUAAUUUUCUUCAACAUUAAGAAGUUUCAAACAGGAAAAUGAUCAUUAAAGCACACUGUCGAGGUUGGUCUGGUGUUCAUAAAAAAUAAAAAAAAAGCCAUUCCAGUUGGCUCGCCUGGAUUAACCAUGAAUCAUGCUCGAUUUAUGAGGAAUGUGUAGAAACUGAAAGCAUCAAUUUACAACAGUACUUUCUGAAUGACUCAAGCUACAGCAGGGUUUUUGUUGUUUUUUUUCUCACAGGGUAGAUUAUUUACCUCCACCCAAAAAUAUAAGUCUGGGCCACAAGUAGGAAGUGGCAACAUUGUGCAUUGAGAUAAUAAGCCAUGUUUUUGCCAUGUAGUUAUAAGGGGUCUGUAAUGUUUAAAGUCUAAAUAUUUUUUGAAUAUAUUUAUUGUGGAAAUGAGAAUCUGCCGCUCGAGUCCCUUAUGUAUACACUUUUAAAUAAAUAUUAUGUCAAAAAAGGUUAAA